UUCAACAUAACAUUUGUCAAACAUUUAAAAUAAAAUGGAGACAAAAGUAGUGAGCAAAAUGUUCCCUAAAGCCUUCAGCAAGCACAACAUCCGACGCGCCGUGCUCGGCACCUGCGUCGUGCUGGCCGCCGACGGCGGCGCCAGCGGCGGGGCGCCGCCCCGCAAGGUGACCAUCACCCUCCUUCGGCGUCGGGGGUGCUGGCGAGCCCUCAGCUCGCGGGGGGUGGCCGUCUUCGCCUUCCCGGAGGCGUCCGGGCCCUUCUCCGUCACUGCCCCGCUGGACCUGGAGUACCUCUUCAGGUGCAGCGGGAAACCAGACGCCGCAGCCACGCAGAUCAAGAUCUGUGUGGCGUACUGCCGCGGUGCAACUCGCAAGGCCCGCGUUAGCCUGGAGGAGUUCCUGGAGGCGCUGCUGCAUGGAGGCCGACCUGGCAGCUUCUACUUGUACAUCUACGAUGACAAGGUCGGCCUUCAGCUGGUCAGUCAGCAAUUCCAGGCCCUUCCCACAACAUGGCCACUGGAACAGAAGCCCGGCAAGGGUAAAAUGGCCAUGUAUACUGAUGGAAACACUGAUGCCACCUACAACGAAUGGCAGGUUUACCUGGAAAAGGUGUUUGCGGUGGAAGAUCAUGAAGCAAACACCGAUAAUGACGAUGACACCUACAGUGAACAGAACGAUCUCCCGGAAAGGGUGUCUCCGGUGAAAGAUGAUGACUUUGACGAGGCGGCGCACGAGGAUGGGGAAGCCUGUGAUGUCGCUGCCGCAGAAGAGGAGGAAGCCUCUGAUGUUCCUGCCGCAGAAGAGGAAGAACUCACUGAUGUCGCUGCCGCAGAAGAGGAGGAAGCCUCUGAUGUUCCUGCCGCAGAAGAGGAAGAACUCUCUGAUGUCGCUGCCGCAGAAGAGGAGCAAGCCUCUGAUGUUCCUGCCGCAGAAGAGGAGCAAGCCUCUGAUGUUCCUGCCGCAGAAGAGGACCUCACCGUGCCUCAGAGAUUCAUCUCCUGCCUCGUAGGACCCAGUGACCGCCAGCUGGAGGACCUGCAGCGGAGCCAGGGCGUCAGCAUCGUGCGGGUCAGGCGAACCCUGCACAUCAAGGGCGACAGGGACGCUGUCCUGCGGUGCCACCGCCACAUGCGGGACGAGAUCGCUGAGUGGCGGAGGCGAGAGUCCGCUGAGGCUCAGUAA